CUUUUACCCUGUUCUUCUUCUUUCUCUUCUUUAUCGUUUUGCAUACUUUCUUUCUCUUUAUUUCUUCACAACACACACACAGACACAACAGACCCACCCACAAUCUUGGCACCGACCCGAAUCGGACGAGUCAAGCUCCGAACUCGUUCACGUGUUUCUCACUCCGAGUCCACAAUGAACACCGUUUCUGGUUUUGAAGUAUCUGCGUGUAACUUCGUUGUUGGGUAUUGAGUUGGAGGUGGAGGGUGAAAGUUUAAAUAGGGUUAGGGUUUUUCUUGAAAAAGAAUUGAUACUUGGAUUAGGGACUUGGAUUAUUCCUAGGGUUUUGGUUUUAGGAUAAUGUGUAUACUGUGUGUGAUUCAGAAGUGCUCUCGCCGGGUUGCUACAAUGCUGCCUUGGUUGGUUGUUCCGUUAAUUGGUCUUUGGGCGCUUUCUCAGCUGCUGCCGCCGGCUUUUAGGUUUGAGAUUACUUCGCCUCGUUUGGGGUGUGUUCUUGUGUUGCUGGGGACUCUCUUUUGGUAUGAGAUUUUGAUGCCUCAGCUGUCUGCUUGGCGGGCACGGAGGAAUGCUAGGAUUAGGGAGAGGAAGAGGUUUGAGGCUAUUGAAAUGCAGAAGCUUAGGAAGACAGCUACUAGGAGGUGCCGCAACUGCUUGAAUCCCUACAAGGAUCAGAAUCCCGGAGGGGGUCGCUUUAUGUGUUCGUAUUGCGGGCAUGUCUCGAAGAGACCUGUUUUGGACCUGCCCGUGCCGAUUUCGAAUUCUGGUAUAGUUAAGGACUUGGUUGGGAAAAGUGGCAAGAUAUUGAAUAGCAAGGUUUGGUGUGAAAAUGGGUGGAUGUGCAGUCAGGAAUGGUUGGAAAACAGCAAUUGGGUUGGCGGGUCUAUUCUUGGUAAUCCUAGCAAGUGGAGGAUGAAUGGGAAUGCUGGUAUUUUCAGAGGAGAUGAGCAUUGUUUGACAGAGAGGUCUUAUUCCAGUCUUUUGGUUUUUGUUUGCAACCUUUUGACAUAUUUUUUUUUGAGCAUUAGAUGGCUUUGGAGAAAGGCUUGUAGAAUCAGUUCAAGGGAAGGAAGUUUAUCUGAUGCUGAACAUAGAGCACUGUUAGCAAAACAGAGUGAGGAUGGGGUGAGCCUCAAUGAAAGUAGAGGGGAAAAAGCACGCAGGAAGGCUGAGGAGAAAAGACAAGCUAGAAUAGAGAAAGAACUUUUAGAGGAGGAAGAGAGGAAACAGAGGGAAGAGGUUGCUAGGUUAGUGGAAGAGCGCAGGAGACUGAGAGAUGAGAAAAUGGAAGCUGAAAGAGAUCGCAGUAAAUCAUUACAUCCCAGCAAGGAGAAGGACAGUAAGAAGGAAGCUGCAAAGAAGCGCCAGGAAAAAAGAAGAGACAAAGACAAGGGGUCUAGUAAGAGCAACUCUGAUGUAGAAGAACUUGAAAAAAAAGCUGGCAAGGAAGGUGAAAGAAAGCGGGACUUCGACAAGAAGGGUGAAAAGAGUGAAACUGAUCGUAGAGAGUAUCAGAAAUCUGGGUCAGAGAGUGGCAAGGGACAGAGUACAAACAAUGCACAUGGUAAAAAUGUUGCUACAAACAGUUAUAACCGAGGAAGUAGUGGAACAAGGUACCUGGAUCGUAUGCGGGGCACCAUUUUGUCUUCUUCAAAAGCAUUUGGUUUUGGAAGAGGUGCUAAUGUUCCCACCACUGUGGUGAAAGAAAGCAAGUUGAACAGUUCUGUAGAUCAUGUUCAUACUGCUGCUAGCAGGAGAGGUACAUGUCCUCCUGAUCUUCCGAUGGCUAAAUCCAAUUUAAAUGGAGAUGAUAGGAAUACUAUUCACUCAGUUCUCCCAGAACCACCACAGGCAUGGACUGAACCUAAAAAGUCAUGGCAGCAGUUAUUUACUCGUUCAUCAUCUGUUCCGAAAUCCUCAAGUUCUAAUGUAAUAUGCAGACCAAAUUCCAAAAGUCAAGAAGCCAAAAGCCCUCCUUUAUCUGGCCAGUUACCGUUCACAGAGUCAUUUAAUAAUCCAAUUCAAUUUGGACUUCAAUCACCAUUUAAUGUUUCUGCUUUUCCAAAUGGAUCAACCAGUUGUAGUCUAGGUUUUACUCCUGCCAUUGAACCCCUAUUUUCUCCAGUUAAAAAUCCAUCACAUGACUUUAGACAUGAAGAGCAAGAGCUUUUUGAAGAUCCCUGUUAUGUUCCAGACCCGGUAUCUUUGCUUGGUCCUGUUUUUGAGUCACUUGAUAAUUUUCAGUUGGACUUGGGAAGUGGCUUUCCUCACUCUUCAAAUAACCCAUCCAUUGGUUCUGAUGUCCAUAAGCCAUCUCCAAUUGAGUCCCCAUUGUCACGAGAAAAGCAUAGCUAUUCUAAUCAGUUUCAAAGUACUCCCCAGGCCCAAGACACGCAUGCAUUUCCUAUGGAUGGUGUGUCUGCAAAUGAGAAGGGAACAUGGCAGAUGUGGAGUUCAUCACCACUUGUUCAGGAAAGUUUAGGCUUGGUUGGUGGCUCAGGAAGCUGGCUUUUAUCUUCACAAAGGAACUUACCCAACUAUGUUGACUCUGUACUUCCAUCACCUCAGAAGACUAUUGCUUCUGUUUUUGACGAAGACAAUAGCAUAAUUUCUAGUACUCAUUCUCCACAAAAUAUUUUCCUUCCUAAUGGUCGUAAGAGUGGCGGGACCAUCAGCCCUAUUACUUGUUCAAGUGGUUAUGAGCCUUGGUUACAACAGAGUACUUUCUUCCCACAGUUGUCUAGUUGCCUUAAAGCUCAGGAGAGUGCUCAGAAUGAAAUGAUAUACAGGAGUCCAAGUGGAUCUGCUAGCAGUCGUGUGCAUGAGUUUUCUCCAGCUAAAAUUUUGCCCAAAAAUGAAUGGCCUGUACAUGGUUCUGUGGAAAGCGUUGGGAAGUCAUCAUCUGUUUCAAGGCCCCAUGAUGUCGGUGUGCAUCCAACCUCGGAUGCAAAGUCAUUUUGGUUAAAUAGACAGUAGUGACAUGGUACAGAGACUUGAUAAACACAAAUGUUAUCGAGGGAAAUAGCCUCCCUUUUUUUGGGGGAAGAGUUUAGAAUAUUGCACCUUCCUUUCUUCUUUAUGGAGGAAGAUUGAUGUUUACUAUGUAAUAGCAUCGAUAUGAAUACAUGUUGAUGCAUGCCUUUGAAGCAGGUAACGAGAGGUGUCCCAUUUUGACGCC